UGCAUUUCUCUUUUGUUUCCUCCUCUCUCUCUCUCUCUCUCUCUUUACUUUCGAGGUUUAUGUAAGUGACGUGCGCCCCGCUUCCAAUGGAGGGGUUGGUUCCUUUUUUCAAGGUCAGGCCCUGUCUCUCGCUUGUUGUCACUGGGAGUUUAUUAGUUGAGCUGUAUUGGAUGUGAAUGAAUCUGAAUGACUCGGGAAGUCAUCAAUCACUUUUUGUUUCUGCCUUUGUCUCAUUAUUUAUAACGAGAAGCUGUUUAUCGUCUCUGAACCACCUUCAUCUUAAAAACCUCAAACAUACAUCUUGAGCACUAUUCUCAAAGAAGCCAACAAACUCUGAUCAACUCUCUUCCUACUACCACCAACCUCCACCAAAAAUCAUCCAUAACACAAUGUCUACAUCAACACAACACCAUCAACCAAAUCGCUCGUCAGGAUGGACGGAAGAAAUGCGCGAUAGGCAAGCCCGCGGGAAAAACCCAUACAGCGAAGAAAGCGACGUGAGCGAUGGCGAGCCAAGGCGUCUUGGACCGCGGUAUCGUUCUUCGGCUUCACGAUCUUUCAGCGCCGACGCUGAUUCCUACAGUCCCGUUUUUGAAACACACGUAGAGAGAGAACGGAGAGGAGAGGCUAUGUAUAUUCUGGAUAACCAUGCGGCUCUCAUGGCACAUGCGCAAGCGACCGGCGAUAGCAUCGCUGGGCAACGCCUUCGAUUUAUGCGCCAAUUAUGUGGCUUCGAAGAUAAGCACGACGACACCAGCACGGCGAGGAGUAAACAGAGUCGCCGAGUUAGUGAUAAAAUCUCUCGAUAGUACAGAGUUCUCGUCAUAGGAAGGGAGAAGGCGGCCCUUGGUGAGAUAGGGAUCUUUUAGCAAACCAUCACAAGCCUUUUAUAAUGAAUCACGACUUUCAAGUAAUAGAAUUGAAUGAACCU